AAUAAGGCACAUGAUGAAAUCAACUGAACUAUUUUAUUUUAAUACAAGAUUAAAUAAAGUUAAUUACUUCAUAUUUCCUUCAAGAAUUGAUGAAUGUGUUUGUUUGACAUUGUUGAUUACUUAAAAAAAAAAAAAAAAAAAUCCGGUAAGACACACUAUUACUGUUAUUAGACAAGUUUAGGAAUAUGCUACCAAUAAAUGGUAUCGAAGAAACAGAUUUUGAAAAACAUGAAAGACUAUUAAAAACAAUAUCUAAAUUCGAUAUGGUUGACAUUGGUGAAAGAGUUCAUGAUUUACCUGACGAUUUGAAAGAUGUUAAAAACAUUCUAGUCACUGGUGGUGCUGGUUUCAUUGGAUCCUUCCUUGUCAGAAAAUUAGUUGUAUUAUAUCCAGAAUAUCAUAUAUAUGUUAUAGAUAAACUUGACUAUUGUGGUUCCUUACAUAAUUUAAAAGCUGUCAAAGAAUUCCCAAACUAUACAUUUGUUAGGGGUGAUAUCACUUCUGCAGACUUUGUUUCUUUCUUUUUGAAGGAAAAAAAGAUUGAUGUUAUUUUCCAUUUAGCUGCACAAACUCAUGUAGAUAACUCAUUUGGAGAUUCAUUUGAAUUCACAAAGAAUAAUGUAAUGGGUACGCAUGUGUUAUUAGAAGCAGCUAAAAUUAGAAAAAUUCGAAGAUUUAUUCAUGUUAGUACAGAUGAGGUUUAUGGUGAAGUUAUUAAUGGACCUGAUUGCAUAGAAGAUACAAUUUUAUCUCCAACGAAUCCAUACUCAGCUACAAAAGCCGCUGCAGAAUGUCUUGUCAAAGCUUAUCACAAGUCAUUUGGAUUACCUAUCAUGAUCACUCGUUCAAAUAACGUAUAUGGUCCAUAUCAGUUCCCAGAAAAGAUUACUUCAAAGUUUGUUUGUAGUUUACUUCGUGGUAAAAAAUUAUAUAUUCAUGGCGAUGGACUUAAUUCUCGAAAAUACCUUUAUGCUGCAGAUGUAGCAAAUGCAAUUGAUAUCAUCUUUCAUAGAGGUGAUGUAGGUGAAACUUACAAUAUUGGAUCACCCUCAGAGAUAUCAAAUUAUGAAAUGGCAAAACGUUUAAUUCUUUUGUUCGGUUACAAGGAGAAUGAAAUCAAUGAUCAUAUAGAAUAUGUGAGGGACAGGCCUUUUAACGAUAAACGUUAUGCAAUUGAUUGCUCUAAAUUAGAAAAGUUAGGCUGGACUCCUAAAGUGAAGUUUGAUGAAGGUUUAUUAAAAACAAUUGAAUGGUAUAGACAAUGUACUGAUACUUGGUGGGGUGAUAUCUCUAGUGCUCUCAUUCCUCAUCCUUUCAAGGUUACACCUUCUUAUGAUGUAUCUUCAAUAUAGAGAAUAAUACUACUACUGUUGUAUAAUUAAUUUUUAACUGAGUUUUGAUUAUGUAAUAAAUAUUUUAAAUAUAAUAGUAUCAUUAAUGUAAUAAAUGCAUACAAUAAGUUG